AGUCUCAAUUGCGGAUUUCACGGUGCAACUCCUCACUAAUUUGGUUCAUAUUGUGUGCCAAAACGAUCUUGUUAAAAUACCUACAAUUGUGCAAUUUGGAUGGGUGGAAGAGUUCAUUAACUUCCAAAGUUAAAAUUCGUCGCGAGGGGAGGAGGAGGUUCAAAGAAGAAGAAAUUGGGUCUUGAUAAGAAAUUGGCGAGGAAAUAAAGAAAAAAAAAUGAAAGUAGACCGUGUGACACUCGUGUGGCUUUUUCUCUCACUGACCUGGAUUUACUCAGCAAGUGGGAUCUACCUGCAGAAUGUCACAAAGCGUCCAGAUCGUCGUCAUGAUUCUGUAACUUCCUGGACAGACGCCGUGGAUGAGCAGGAUGGGCUGUGGACGACCCUACUGACUGAUUGGACUGUUAGGGAUGAUACGAAGGAUGUGCACCGUGAUGGAAGAGUCCUUCAGGUCACCAGGAGGUACAUCCCCACGUCGGGAUUCUUUGUAACACGACGUGCAGGGGAGGAUCUCGAAUUGGAGCCACAUCGUCGACCUCCGGGGAAGAUUUUGGAUUUUUCAGCAACCCCCGUGAAGGAGGGUGGAGGACACACCCAGAGGGAAGUCUCCGAAACUGAUCUCUAUCUCUUGGGGGCAAUAGAGAAGCUUGUCUACCGUGUUGACUACAUGGAGAAGCGUCUCCGGAGAACAGAACAAAUGCUCUUCUACAUGAUGCAGGGCAAUAACCAGAGAGAAGCAGAACUCUGUCCGGAGAAUUUUACAAGAGCCGGUGGCAAUUGCUACCACUUUGGGGUGAAUAGAGAGAUAAAUUGGAAGGCUGCAAAUAGUUUUUGCAAAUCAAUGGGAGCCCAUUUGGCGGAAUUUGAAACAUCCGGCGAGUACAAAGAUGUCGCGGGAUUCCUAAUGAAUCAUCAAACAUUUAAAGGGAAAGAUUUCUGGCUCGGUGGUCUCAAUCCUGGGCUUUUGUGGAUUUGGUCACACUCAGCACGACCCAUAAAUCCAGACACAAAUCUCGCGGACGUGGUCAAUGGCACCACCACAGUGCCCACAAAGAAACCCCCAAAGAAGCCCCAGUUGAGUCAAACGGAUGAGAAAUUGUUGAAUAUUGCGGGGUCAGGGAGAUGCUUGAGACUUACCUUUGAUGCCAGUGCACACAAUUACACCUACUACGGCCAGGAUUGCUCAUCGCGUCAGAAUUAUAUUUGCGAAUUUGUUGAUCGGAGUCUGGAAAAUGAAAUAUCACGGAUUUCACGGGAACUUUUGGCGAAAAAAUAGUUAUUUGUAUUCUUAUUUGUUUCAUAUAUUUAUAAAUUAUGCAAUUUAUCA